CUUAGAGGAAGGAUUUUUGGAACUUUUAAGGAAAAAGUGACAAAAUAAUCUGCUCCAAAUGUCAUCUGAAAAAAAGAAGCACAAAGAACCGCAACUUUGGCUUGUAUCAGCAGUGCAAGUUUCAUUUUCUGGGUAACAUUUGCUUAAUGUUUUAUUUGUAAAAGUCUCAUUGCAUCUUGUUUAUGGGAUUUCACUGGGUUUAUGAGCUUGUCUGCUCACUUUGUCAGGGGUUCAAAUCCAGGGGAAGGUAUGUUUGCUGUCAAAUAAACGUGUCUGCAAAAAUAAAUAAAUGUGAGAAUUGAAAAUGUGUUGUAAUAAAGCACUGUUUUUAAUCAUUUUUUUUUCUUUUUCAGGAAAAGUCCAGUAAUAAAUGAAGCAAAGGAACACGCUGAAAACUUAGGUUUUAAGGUCCUGCAGCUGUUUGCUGUAAGUUGUUUUUGGCGGACCGGUUCUGGACGGUGGUUUGGUUCCGGAGAUCCCGUCCUCUCAGGGAUGGGAUCUACGGUGCGCGGUGUUUUCUGGGCGGGAUUGGUGUCCCUGAUGGCCGCAGCUGUCAGCGCUCAGUUGAGAUGUCCUGACUGGGGCAGGGGGCGUGGCUGUCUGCCGAUUAUCCUGAGGUGCAACUGGCGGACCGAGAUGUGAUUGGCUGGCCAUGUGAGCAAACGGCACGCGACGACGGAUGUCGCUUUAAAGAACCCUCGCGUGCCCUCUCUUCAUCUAGAAGUUUGAGCUCGGAGCUCAGUGGACUGAAGCGCAGAAGAAGCGUCAACGGGAGCAGCGCGGACAGAUAUGGACUCAGUUCUGGACCCUUUCUCUGGUCUGGACUCCCUCUCAUCCCCUCCUUACUUUGACGAGGACGAAUUCUUCACCGACUCGUCCAGGGACGGACACUUGGACACCGACGACUUUCUGGAUGAAGACGUGGACUUCCUCAGCGCGCACCUCCAGGACUAUUACAAGGACGGAGCGGCUCAUCAUGAUGGAGACUAUGACGUGGGCAACCUGUCCUUCUCCUCCUCUUCAUCCACAUUCUCCUACGGCUGCGCUGACAACACCUCCGAGCUGUCCCCUCACGCGGGCCACCGCGGGGGCCCUUUGCUGCGUCGGAGGCGGCGGAUGAGGUCCGAGAUGGAGAUGCAGCAACUGAGGCAGGCGGCGAACGUGCGCGAGCGCCGGCGGAUGCAGUCCAUCAACGACGCGUUUGAGGGUCUGCGCUCCCACAUCCCCACGCUGCCCUACGAGAAGAGGCUGUCCAAGGUGGACACGCUGCGCCUCGCGAUCGGGUACAUAAACUUCCUGGCCGAGCUCGUGCAAUCCGACCUGCCCAUCAGGAACUCCAGCAGUGACGCGCACGCGCAACCCAAAAAAGUGAUCAUCUGCCACAGAGGAACAAGGUCUCCUUCUCCCAGCGACCCCGACUACGGACUCCCUCCACUAGCGGGACACUCUCUGUCCUGGUCCGAUGAAAAGCAGCUGCGAGAGCAGAACAUCAUCCGAACCGCCAAAGUCUGGACCCCCGAGGACCCGCGGAAGCUGCAGCACAGAGUGGGCCUCGCAGACAUCGAGAACGAACCUCCCUAUGGCCUGGUGGCUUGAACUCGUCCCACUCCGCGAGUGGUUCCGCUCAGCGUAAAAGUCAUGACGUCAUGGGGCAUUCACUCCUGUACAAAAGUUUUUAUCAUGUUGAUAAUUUUAUUUUUGUAAUUAAAGCAGCAGGCAAUCGUGUAUUUAUUUCCCACGGGUUAUAAUAUAUAGAUUAUUUUCUUAAUUUAAUUGUCACAAAAGAAAAUCUAUUUUUGUUAUUUUGCUGUAUCUGCAAAUAAAAUAUACAAAAAGAA